CUGGUUGACACAAUUCUGAGCAGCUUAAGUAGUGGCUCCUGAUCCGAAGGUUGUAUCUGAUUUCUCGGAUUGUGUAGAGGUUGUAUCGUGUCCGCAGCUGAGUUCAAACGAUUUCUUACUCGAAGUCCACGAGUUCGUGUCAGCUCAGUCGGAAGCACCUUCUGGUGUUCUCAGCUCCAUCUCGAAAUGGCUCGCCUGGGAAGCGGCAGUGCAAUUGUUAUCUCGUUGGUGGUUUUGAGUUCCAUCGCCUUUUGGAGCCUCCCAGCGGAAGCAACCGAUUAUAAUGUCGGAGGGGGUGAUGGAACCUGGCAAGUACCAGCGGCUAACGGCCCAGACUAUCAAACAUGGGCAUCUAGCAACACCUACACAACUGGUGAUCGACUGAUGUUCAGGUAUGAUAGAACUCAGCAUUCAGUUCUCAGAGUGACUCCUCAGGCAUAUGACAGCUGCAACUUCACUUCUCCUCUCGAGACUUACGAGCACGACGAUGCAGUUCUUGAUGUCGAACUUGAGGACGCACAAAUGUACUACUUCAUCUGCGGAGUGAGCGGUCAUUGCCAAGCGGGCCAAAAGUUUAACGUGGAAGUUACGAAGGCAGCUGCAGCUGCACUCACGUACUCUAUCCCGAUGAUUAUUGCAGUGAUCAGUUUCACCAGUUACCUGAUGAUCCUUUAAUUCUGCGGCAAAUCUCAAUAGGAGUAUCGGAAGGUAUUGUUUCUGAUCGGUGUGAAAGGCUCAUACAUUUAGAGCGCUUCAUGUCGACGGCGAAUGAAGAUAUUGUGGUUACACUGUAUAACUUCGCUGUUUGUAUAGUUAAUCUGAAGCGACUCUCCGUUGGUGAUAUGAUUUCGGUUGAAAAGUAGAAGUAUGUGGAUCGAAUUUAGCUGACUUGCCGUGGCUCUGUCAGCUAGCAGUGUUGGAGCUUAGCUCCGGUUUGUGAAUUGUAACAAUAAAGCUCUGUUUGCAACGCU